CCGCCGCAGCCACACCCCCCCUCGACUCCUUCAUGUUGCGUCCACGGGAACCGAAACACAACCUUGGCCUCGAGCUUCUUCUCAAACAGCUCAUAGGCUUUGGGCGCAUCCUCAAUUCCCAUUGCCGCGGAGACAACCCACAUACCUCAAGCACCAAAAAUCAGCACUGACAGGAUGCCAAGUUCCGAGUCAUCUUCCAGCCGGUCGUCUGUUCCAGAUCAGUUGGGUAGCCCUUCGCCGGGGCCGGACUCGGACCCGCCAGCUGCUGGUGUCGAUAAUGUUCAAGACAGUUAUGAGGACUACAUGAUCCCCUUUGAGCAUGAAGCGAAACCGCCAGGGUACAGAACAGAGGGCUUGACCGUCCUCCUGCCAGCGGCUCCCGAGGAUGACGCAUUCUUCAUGCGACAAGUGCCGGUUCGCGACUUCGACAUUGUCAUCAUUCAUGGACUACACGGCGCACGCUGGCCACCGUGGAAGAAUUCCGGCUCUGGCGACAGCAAGUGGGUUUAUGACAUGGGCCGUUGGCAUGGGCGCACAGUCAUGUCUUUCGGAUAUGAUCCCCUUCGCAUUCUAUCCGGGUCACGAAUUAGAGAGUCCAUUCGUAGGGCAUCCAUUCGUCUCCUGAACGACUUGAAGACUGAGAGAGCUCCUAUCGAAAAGGUAAGGUACCUACGGACCCAGUUGGUCUAGUUUGGACCAUAUUACAACUACUCCUCAUGCUAGGCGUUCUCUAAUCUGCACCCUUCUCUCGGUAGGUUCGGCCUAUAAUGUUCGUGGCUCACGACAUCGGGGGUGUCGUCGUGAAAGAUGUAAGUCUU